AUGCAUAUGAAGAUCAUAGUAAGAGAAUCCACGAUGGUGAAGCCGGCGAAGGUGACACCAAAGAUAAAGUUAUGGAGUUCUAACCUUGACCUGGCAGCUCCAAAUAUUCACACAACAGGAGUGUUUUUCUACCGGUCGAAUGGUGAUCAUGCCAACUUCUUUGAUGCACAAGUUAUGAAAGAUGCAUUGAGCAGGGCUUUGGUUGCAUUCUACCCUUUUGGGGGGCGGUUAAAAGAAGAUGAAACGGGUAGGCUUGAGGUUGAUUGUCAGGGACAAGGCGCCUUGUUUGUGGAAGCGGAAUCUGAUGAUGUGAUUGAUUAUUUCGGUGAAUUUGCACCCACCAUGGAGCUUCGAAUACUCAUCCCGGCUGUUGAUUACUCCCUUCCAAUCGAAUCCAAUCCUGUACUCAUAUUGCAGGUGACCCACUUCAAAUGCGGGGGAGUUGCCCUUGGAGUUGGGGUGCAACAUAACGUCGCGGAUGGAACCUCGACAUUCCACUUUAUUAACACAUGGUCCGAUAUGGCUCGUGGACUUGACCUCACCAUGCCGCCAUUCAUAGACCGGAGUUUCCUUCAUGCUCGGGACCCACCUCAGCCCGCCUUUGAACACGUAGAAUUCCGACCAACAACUCCAGCCUUAAAAUCGUCGCUUGAAGCCCCAUCAAAUGAAACCGUACCUUCAAUAUUCAAGUUAUCAAGAGAACAACUCAAUGUGCUUAAACUGAAAUCAAAGGAAGAUGGUAACCCAAUGAUCACCUGCAGCACUUUUGAAUUGAUCUCGGGCCAUAUUUGGAAGUGCAUGUGUAAAGCCCGUGGGCUUCCAGAUGAUCAAGAAACUAGGCUCUACAUCGCAACUAAUGGGCGGGCCCGCUUUCAACCCAAUUUGCCUAAAUGUUAUUUCGGGAAUGUAGUUGUCUACUCAACUCCUACAUCCAUAGCGGGUGAAAUUCAAUCGAAUCCUAGUUCGUGUGCUGCUAGAAAAAUCCACAAUGCGAUACGGAUGAGCGACGACGAUUAUUUAAAGUCAACGCUCGACUAUCUGGAACUACAACCCGACUUAAAGACUCUACUUGGUGGUAUCUUUCAGAGUUAUAAAUCCUCCAAUCUUGGAAUAACUAGUUGGGCCAAGCUCCCACUAUAUGAUGCUGACUUCGGAUGGGGUCCACCUAUAUUUGUUGGGCCUGCAGGGCUACAAGCGGAAGGUUUGGGCUUUGUGUUACCAAGCCCAUUCAAUGAUGGAAGCUUGUCAUUCGUCAUUCGGUUACAAGUCGAUCACCAUAAGCUUUUCAGCAAGUUGUUCUAUGAUAUAUGA